CUACAGCAGGAAGUAAACUGAGCUGCAAAGCCUAAUAGAAACUGUACGCACACACACAUACUUUCUGUCUCUCAUCACCUCCCGUCUAAUGUUGUUCACUUCUGCUCCAACCUAAAGAGGAAAAGGGUCCCAUUUACUGCGCUCAGCUUGUUUACAUUCCUUCUCAUUACAUUUACCCCAUUUCUUCAGAAGUCACUCGUUUGAAAGCCGAAAGGAUGUCAUUGUACCCAUCCCUAGAGGACCUUAAAGUGGACAAGGUCAUUAGGGCACAAUCCCAGUUUGCUGAUGCCACUUCCAGUUCCCCAGCCAUCACUCAGGGGGUCUACCAGCCACAGCCUGCCAUACAGGGGAUGCCGAGCUCCAGUCUGUAUCCGAAUCUCGAGGAGCUGGGAGAUUAUAUGGGCCUCAGUCUGAACAGUGAUGAGGUCCAGAGAAACCUUGCACUGGUGCCGGUGGCUGACAGUCAAGUGGCAGUGCCAAGUUGUCUGGGUGGCAUGGUGCGGCCCGUGACUGGUGCAGAUGUGGGUAUCCGGAGGGCAGAGAUUCGCCCAGGUCUUCGUGAGGUCAUCAUCUGCAAAGACCAGGAACGAAAGGUCGGCCUCCGACUCAAAGAUAUCGAUAAUGGAGUGUUUGUCCAGCUAGUGCAGGCAAACUCUCCAGCGGCUUUGGGUGGUCUGCGUUUUGGAGAUCAGGUCCUGCAGAUCAACGGGCAGAAUGUUGCUGGCUGGAGCUCAGAUAAGGCCCACAAAGCUCUGAAGGCAGCACCUGAACAACGCAUCGAGCUCAUCGUUCGUGACAGACCAUUCCAGCGCACAGUCACCAUGCAUAAAGACAGCUCUGGCCACGUGGGCUUCAUCUUCAAAUCUGGGCGCAUCACGUCUCUAGUGAAGGAUGGUUCUGCUGCCCGCAAUGGCCUGCUCACAGAUCACUACAUCUGCGAGAUCAACGGCCAGAACGUCAUUGGACUCAAGGACACUCAGAUCAAGGACAUCCUGACCACAUCUCCUACUGCCAUGACCAUCACCAUCAUGCCUAAGUUCAUCUACGACCACAUGAUUAAGAAGAUGUCAAGCGGCCUGCUGAAGUCCUCAAUGGAUCACUCUGUGCCUGAGGUCUGAACACAGGAGUACACUCACACCCCUUUCCACAAUGCCUACAAUCUCUAGCCUUCCCAUUUGAGCCUUCCACCUCAUGGGUCAUCUAUCACUGAUGGGAUAAACCUCCUCAAUCACAUUCAUUUAUAACAUGUACAAAUGGCCUUUUUAUUUUACUUGUUGGCUGUUAUUGUUUUGCCUUCUAGUUCUUGAUUCUGUCCUUCAUGUCAUUGUUGUCAUAUUACAUGUUAUAUAAUAAUCCAUCGUCAUAACUGAGUAUUAUUAUUAUUAUUAUUCUAUUAUUUUAAUUUGGCUGGGAGGAAAGGGGUUAAAAACGGAAUCUGAGCUUCCUUUUUGAAAAGCGUUAGCUUCAACACUCCUAUCUUUUCCAUUUCUCCCACUAUGCACAAACACUUUGUUUUUUGAACAUCUAUAUGCCAAGACAGCUGUACUCUGCCAGAAUGAAUCAUUGGCCAGAAUUUGUAAUGUCACAACUCAUUUCUUAUUGAUUGUGAACAUGUUUUUUUUAGGCGUUUAAUCUUUGAUGAUAUUCUGUCAUUAUCCUGUAAAUGUUUUAGUGUCUCUAAAAAUUUAUAUUCGAAUGUAACCUGAAUACUGAAAUUAUUACAAAAUAAAUAAUCAUCCUGGUGAUACCA